AUGCUCGAAUCAGCUAUCCCUAUACACCUUACCCAGGAGCGGACGCAGCCAGCAAAGACGCCACAUCACUAUGAGCCACCUACCUUGGCGUACACAUCACGAUUCCCGGAGAAUGUUAAGGACAUCGUGAUGGCCGUCAUAGGCGCACAGUAUGCAUCAGCAGCAGACAAUGAUGGUGCAGCCAUCUCCAAGAUACUGGAAUUCAUGAAAAACUCGACUGAUACAGCGGUACAGCCAUCAUUCUGGGAGCUAGCAUCCGUAACUGACGUAAACGACUCGUACAAUAUAGCUGUAAUUGCAUACUGGCCCAGCAAGGAGACAUAUGAGAGAUGGAACACCGUUAGCAACUUCAAAACCUGGUGGAAAGGACUAGAGGCUGAAGGCCAGCAGCACGGCUGGUUUCUAGAAGUCUUCUCACCCACCACCGAUCGAUUUGAGACCAUAGCCUCCGAUGAAGUGGUCCUUGAAGGGACAGCCAACAUGCGAGAAAAAGUGAGUGGACCAAUUCUGGAGCACGUAUAUUGGGGAAGCAUGAGAGACCGGAUGCCCAUCUGUCAAACAGAUGCUGUUCCUGGAGAUAGCGCCGACUCAGCUAUCCAGCAGACUGGCAGUACAGCUCGUCGACGUGUUCGGGUGCCUGGACGACAAAACUUGGUGGUUAUUAGAUCAGGUCAGGACUGGUCCAACACCCGCCCCGAAGAGCACAAGCUGUACGUCGACACAAUGCAACCUCCCUUGGUCCAGGGUAUGACUUUCCUCCGCGAUAAUGGCAAAGAUAUCGGAUGCUAUAGCUGCCGACUCAUGGACGUCGUGGACAACGACACUUUCGAGGCCAGCAAGAACCGCACCUUUGGACUGGCCUACUUCGAUAGUCUCGGCUCACUAGAGAAAUGGAGUAGACAACACCCUACUCAUCUCAGCAUAUUCGGGACAUUCAUGAAGUACGUGAAGAGGCUGAACAACAACAUUUCCCUGCGUUUAUUCCAUGAAGUCCUUGUCCUGAAGCCGGAGCAGCAGUUCUUUGAGUAUGUGGGAUGCCAUGAGAGGACCGGAAUGCUGGGCUCUCUCUCUUCUUCCUAA